AUGCCAGAUGAAAUAAUCUUGGGAAUGAGAUUCAUGGUGGAUCAGCAUAUUCACCUGCAUGCAGACAACUUAUCAUGGACAUGGAAACAUGACAAUAAAACCAGAAUAACAAAUGGAGUAAUACCAGGUAAUAAAAUUUGUAUCAUUUCACUGACUGACGCCGACCAGGCAAGAUUAACGAGAUUUUUAGAUAUGGAGUUUAACCUAAUGGACCAAGCUGAAUUAGGAACUUUAAAAGGAAUUGAAUAUGAAAUUGAAUUAAAUGAUUAUACGCCGACUCAUGUCAAGCCAUAUCGACGAUCACCGAGAGUCACAGAAGCCUUACACAAAAUAAUAGAGCAGUUAUUAGACCAGAAGAUAAUACAACCGUCAAACAGUGAAUAUAGCUUUCAACCGGCUACUCCAGAGCGUUUUCCUCAAUGGAAAAUUGUAGAUGGUGUUCUAUAUUAUUAUCGACCCAGGCAUCCAAACCAGCUUUUUGCAAAUGCACCAGAGAAUUGGAAGGAGGUAGUUCAACCAGAAGAGCGCAUACACUAUAUCGAGUCAUUUAUCAUCAAAGCGCAGUUGAGACAAGAUCAAAAACAACCUCAUCAAAAUAUUGACAUAGCUAUUGGUACUGAGGUACCAAUAGCUAUUUAUUAA